AUGAACAAAUUCGCUGCUUUUACCAAAAAAUUUGAAGAUUCUAUCUGUGAAGAAGAUUCUGACACAUCUUGCACUCACUGCAAUUCAAAUCAAGAUAAUGAUCAACCUUGUCCUUAUAACCGUGCAAAUCUUUAUCAAUGUAUUAAUCAAGAAAUAUCCUAUGAAGAAUAUAUAAUCUUUUGGCCACAUACCUUAAUAUUUGAAAUAACUCAAAGAGAUGGUCAAAAUUAUAAUUCAUCUCAUCAAUUAGACUUCCCUUUUCAGCUUUGUUAUGAAGAAAAUAACAUCCCUAUAGAAUAUAUAUUGACAGCACGUGUAUAUAGCACAUCAUCAAGUGGACAGCAUUUCUACAUAAUUGAAUAUUUUUGGGAUAAAGGUCACCAAUAUUACAAUACUAACAAUGAAGGUGAAGAUGAUGAAACAAUUCAAAAGGAGUCUGAACCUGAUUCAUAUAAUAAAAAAUAUAACAAUUAA